AUGGCCUGGACUCCUCUCCUCCUCCUGCUCUUCUCUCACUGCACAGGUUCCCUCUCCCAGCCUGUGCUGACUCAGCCAGCCUCCCUCUCAGCAUCUCCUGGAGCAUCAGCCAGUCUCACAUGCACCUUCAGUGGUGGCAUCAAUGUUGGUGACUACACUAUACACUGGUACCAGCAGAAGCCAGGGAGUCCUCCCCGGUAUCUUCUGAAGUACAAAUCAGACUCAGAUAAGCACCAGGGCUCUGGAGUCCCCAGUCGCUUCUCUGGAUCCAAAGAUGCUUCAGCGAACACAGGGAUUUUACGCAUCUCUGGGCUCCAGUCUGAGGAUGAGGCUGACUAUUACUGUGCCAUUGGGCGCAGCAGCGCUUCUCACAGGCCUGACUGUGUUCUCUUCUCCUUUCUUACACCAUUGGAGCUUCUCACUGAAUCAGGACCUAGUGUGAACAAGCUCCUGGACUUGGGGAAUAAAAGUACAUCUUCUUGGAUUUCUGAGGACUUGCCCUGCCAGGGUGCCUUUCUCAAUCACAGUCGCUCCUUCCUGGGAAUCCACUUCUCCUAG